GGCCUAAAACAGGAGAAAACCCCACAGCAGACGGCAGAGCAAGCAAACCCCGGAGAGGCAGACGGCGGUGGAUCCCACGUGAACCUCACCUACCCUUUACAUAUAUCCAAAUUAACAACCAUUCUCCGUACUCACUUGCAAGCUUAGGCUUAUUAACUAAAAAGAUUAACGGCUCACUCUCUGCAGUUCUAACAGGAGACAGAAAACCAGCCAUGGAAGCACUGUGGAAUUUGGAGGAUAAAUGGAGGCUAUCAACAAAAGAAGCAUUCCUUGUGUUUGUGUGCAGUGCUUUUGCUGUCAUUGGUCUCUGCACUGUAACUGUGCUCAAAAGAAAAGCACAAAGAAAGCAAAUGGCUAACCAUGUUGAGACAGUUGCAGAAAGUUCCAUUACAUGGUCUGAAACUCAUGACUCUAACAACUGGGUGAAGAUAAGGAGGAUGUUGAUGGAGUCAAUGAGGUGGAGUGAGGCUCACAAGUGGGAGGAGAAAGGCGGCGGGAGGCCACCACCACCACCAGCAUCAGCAUCAGCAUCACUUCUUGGGCUUGAAAGGUGUGAUUCGUCUGGCAUAGGGUGGCAAAGCCAUAACUCAGUUUCACCAGUUUGGCAAAGGCCAAUACUAAUGGGAGAAAAAUGUGAGCUACCAAUAUUUAGUGGGCUUAUUCUUUAUGAUGAAAGAGGUCGUCUACUUGAUCACUCACUUACCUCAUCCCGGGAGGAAAACAUCCACCAACAUCAGGAAAAACCAGCUGGUAUUGUGAGAACUAGGCUGAAGGACUUGCUGUAGUCUUGGUCACUUGUUUGAGUUAAGAAUUGAGUUAGGGCUAAGGGAGUGAGGUUCUAUCUAAAGAAUAUUUGUCCAAUUUUUAGUAUGGAAAUAACUAAAAAUAGAAUAAGAAAAUUUACCAUGAAUUUUAUAUGUUGGCUUAAGGUACAAUGAAAGGCAAUCUCAAGCUUACUAAAUGGGAGCCAGUUACAACAAAGCACUGACACUGUCAAGGGUACUCUGGAGUCUGCUAUAGUGCAAGCAAUAAUGCCAACUGUGUGAUUCCCAGAAUACUUCCUAUGCCAUUUGGAACCUGUCAUUCAUUCAAACAAUAUCAUAUAUCUUUCCAUAGGGUUAGAGAUAUAUAUGUAUAUAUAACUGCAAAAAUAUGCUAGGAAAAAGAACCAGUAAAUAUGGGCAAUUUACAGAUGAAAGAAAUUACUACAACCUGAUGCAGCAA